AGAUGUCGUUAUUGUCGAAAAAUUUCUGAGAGAAAAUAAAAACAUAAACAUUCCAUUCGAGAAUUCGAUUCGUUUUUUUGAAUUUUUUUGUUUUUGUUUUUGUUUUUUUGAAACAAAAAUAAUAAUGAGUAAUAUUUAUAUACAAGAACCACCAACGGAUGGUAAAGUAUUGUUGAAAACAACUGUCGGUGAUAUUGAUAUUGAAUUAUGGUCAAAAGAAACACCAUUAGCAUGUCGAAAUUUUAUACAACUUUGUAUGGAAGGUUAUUAUGAUAAUUGUAUAUUUCAUCGAUUGGUAAAAGGAUUUAUUGUACAAACGGGUGAUCCAACCGGUACCGGUUUUGGUGGUGAAUCAAUUUAUGGACAACCAUUUAAAGAUGAAUUUCAUUCACGUUUACGAUUUGUACGUCGUGGUUUGGUUGCAAUGGCUAAUGGUGGUGAAAAAGAUGAUAAUGGUAGUCAAUUUUUUUUCACAUUAGAAUCAACACCUGAAUUACAAAAUAAACAUACAAUUUUUGGAAAAAUAUCUGGUAAAACAUUAUAUAAUAUGUUACGAUUAGGUGAAAGUGAAAUUGAUCGUAAUGAACGACCAAUUUAUCCGCAUAAAAUUCGUUCAACUGAAAUAUUAAACAAUCCAUUUGAUGAUAUUGAACCACGUGAAAAACGUUUGAAACAAAAAGAAAAAUCAAAAGAAGAUCGUGCACGUGAACGUUUAAAAGGUAAUAAAAAUUUUCAAUUAUUAUCAUUUGGUGAUGAAGCUGAACAAGAAGAAGUGGAAAUUACAAAAAUAUCAACAGUAUUCAAGAAUAAAAGUAAAAGUAGUCAUGAUCUACUGAAAGAUGAUGAAAAACUAAGUUCAAUACCAGUGGUUGAUCCAAAUGAACUUAGCAACGAUGAUCCAAACGAUGUUCAUGACGAUAAUGAUGAACGUCAUUCGAAUGAUGAUUCCGAUGAUAAACAAAAACGUUUGGCCAAUGUUAAAGCGAAAUUUGAUAAAGGAACCAAAUCAAUCAAGUCGACGGGAAAAAAUGAUGACAGCGAUGAUGAUGAUGGUGGUGGUGGUGGUGAAUUGAAUUUUUUCAACGAAGAAAAACUUGAGAAAAAAGCCAAAGAAAUUGAAAAAGCCAAAGAUGAAUUUCGAAAAUUGAAAAAACAAAUGAAGAAAGAAUUACGAAAAGAACAACAACAACAAAAACAACAACAACAACAAGCUGCUUUGAAUAACGAACCAAUAAUCAAUAAUGCUGUAGCAGAAUUUGUAGCCGAAUCAAAAAAAUUCAAAGAAAUUAAUCAAAAAAUUAAGAAAAAAGGUGAUGGACGUGAAGAACAAUGUUGGAAUUUAUUGGAAAAAUUUAAAAAUCGUUUACAAUCAACCAAACAACAAGAAGAAAAAAUCGAUGAUGAUAAUGUUGUUGAUGAUGAUAAUGAUCCAUUACCGAAAAAAAAUUUCAAAUCAACAUGGUUAACACAUCGAAUGCAAUGUACGGGUAAUGAUGAAAUUGUAUUAGCAAGAGAUGCAAAUAUACGUAAUGAAGAAGAUUGGUAUGAUAUUUAUCAUCCAAAAAAUCCAAUUAAUAAACGUAAACGUAAUGAAAAAUGAUUGAUUGAAUUUUUCCAAUUCUCAAUAAUU